GAGACACCAACAAAUGGAACACAAAUUAACUUAAGCCUACAGGAGGCUGGUGACACCUGAAAGAGGGCACAAGAGCUUAGAAACAUAAAGACUCAAUAUGGGGGAAAAGAAGGCAGAACCAUUGGACUUUGUGAAGGAUUUUCAGGAAUAUCUUACACAGCAAACUCAACAUGUGAAUAUGAUUUCUGGAUCAGUUACUGGUGACAAGGAGGUAGAGACUCUCCAGGGAGCUGGGACAGAAGGUGAUCAGAAUGGUCUGGAUCAUCCUUCUGUUGAAGUUUCACUGGAUGAAAACUCAGGAAUGUUGGUGGAUGGGCUGGAAAGGACAUUUGAUGGGAAGUUAAAGUGUCGGUACUGCAACUAUGCCAGCAAAGGAACAGCAAGGCUCAUAGAACACAUUAGAAUUCACACAGGUGAGAAGCCCCACAGGUGCCACUUGUGCCCCUUUGCCUCGGCCUAUGAGCGUCACUUGGAGGCUCACAUGCGCUCCCACACCGGGGAGAAGCCCUACAAGUGUGAGCUCUGCUCCUUCCGCUGCAGUGACAGGAGCAACUUGUCCCACCACCGCCGGCGCAAGCACAAAAUGGUGCCCAUCAAGGGCACGAGGUCUUCCCUGGGCAGCAAGAAGAUGUGGGGGGUCUUGCAGAAGAAGACCAGCAACUUGGGGUACAGCAGGAGAGCGUUAAUUAAUUUGAGUCCACCAUCCAUGGUGGUGCAGAAACCAGACUACCUUAAUGAUUUCACUCAUGAAAUCCCCAAUAUCCAGACUGAAACCUAUGAGAGCAUGGCAAAGACAAACCAGAGUGGUGGGUUGCCAAGAGAUCCACAAGACCUCAUGGUGGACAAUCCUUUAAACCAGCUCUCCACCUUGGCUGGGCAGUUGUCCAGUUUGCCACCGGAGAACCAAAAUCCAUCCUCUCCCGAUGUUGUGUCCUGUCAGGAUGAAAAGCCUUUCCUGAUCCAGCAGCCUGCUGCACCUGCAGUGGUGUCAGCUGUGUCAGCAAGUAUCCCCCAGAAUUCCUCUCCCACCAGCCCAGAUCCUCGGCCUGCACACAGUCAAAGGAACUACAGCCCCGUGGCAGGUCCCAGCAGCGAUCGCAGCGCCCACACCAGUACUCCCAGUAUAAGUAACAGUCAGCCAAGUACUCCAGCUCCAACCCUCCCAGUUCAGGACCCUCAGCUUCUGCACCACUGCCCACACUGUGACAUGUAUUUUGCGGACAAUAUCCUUUAUACCAUCCAUAUGGGAUGCCAUGGAUUUGAGAAUCCUUUCCAGUGCAACAUCUGUGGGUGUAAGUGUAAAAAUAAGUACGACUUUGCCUGCCAUUUUGCAAGAGGCCAACAUAAUCAACAUUGACUGAGCACAUGCUUUCCUUUAGGUUUUUUUUAACAUAUUACAGUCUAUUUUUCCUACUUGCUGAUGGAAAGCUUGCACAUUCCCAUAAGGAAUCUUCACGUGAAUCAAUUCGAUAAAGGAGGCAAAUGCAUUUCUGUGUUGUUGUAAAACUUGCCAGGGAAAUUUUGUAUGAGAUGUGGCUGUUAUUUUAUAUGUAGCUUUUCAAAAAUGCCCAGAGUGCUGUAAGGAUUGGAGUGCAUUUCUAUGCUUUGGUUGCUAAAUUUAUGUGCUUGCACUUUGUCCCAACAAACAUUCUGCAGAUGGA